AUGUUUUUCUUGUCAAUUUCUUAUUUCCUUACUCUCCUCUUUCUAUAUAUAUCUUCUUUUACUACGUCUUUUUUUCUUCUAUUUCUUCUUCUUCUUCUUGCCACUUUAGUAUUUUCUGUACUCUCCUAUUUUACAUAUUUUCUUGCCAAUUUCAUAUUUUCCUUAUUCUUUUCUUUCUACAUGUAUCUUCUUCUUCUUCUUCUUCUUCUUCUUCUUCUUCUUCUUCUUCACAAUUUCCUUACUCUCCUCUUUCUGUAUAUUUCCUUUCCUUCCACUUUCUCUUCUUGCCAAUUUCGUAUUUUCGAUACUUACAUCAUUCCUCUUCCUCCUCCUUCUACUUGCCACUUCUUUUUUUUCUUCUUGCCAUUUUCAUAUUUUCAUUACUCUUCUCCCUCUACACGUUUUUUCUUCUUUUUCUUCUUCUUCUUCGUCUUCUUCUUCUUCUUGCCAAUUUCAUAUUUUCCUUACCCCUCUCAUUCACCUUCCCUCUUCUUCUACUUCCCACUUAACUACUUCUUUUUCUCUUUCCUCUUAUUGCCAGUUUUGAUAUUUUCUUACUCUCCUCUUUCUACAUGCUUCUUCUUCACAAAUUCCUUACUCUCCUCUUUCCAUAUAUUUCCUUUCCUUCCACCUUCUCUUCUUCUUGCCAAUUUCGUAUUUUCCUUCCUUGCCUCAUUCACCUCCCUUCUUUUUCUACUUGCCACUUAA